CUUCCUCUUGGUUACAGCACAUAGCAUGCCAUCUUGCAUGACGUUCCAGGCAGAUAAUGAUUAAUCUGUAGUCGCGUUUCAAAACAGAAGAAAUAUUUGGAUUUCUGACAGAGGUUGUGAAGAAGCACUGAGAUAUAAUUAAAGCGAAUAUAUUAUUAUGCAUAACGUUACUGUAAACCUGUUGAGAUUUGGCAAGUAACUUAUCUAGUGCUAUUACUACUUAGCGGGGUAUCUAGCUACGUUAGCUCACUAGACAGCUAGCUAAGUUUUCAGUAACGAACACUCAACAACAGUUAACAUGGUGGUUCUGUAGUCGACGUGUCGGGCAACGUCUUGGUAGCUAAAUUGUCACGGACUUCGGCGUUUCUCUGUAAAAUCUCUGUUCAGUAAUCACCGCGAGUGAUGUCUGCAAUGGAUGACCCAUCACUAGAGAGGCACUUCAAAGGCCACCGAGAUACAGUUACAUCCGUUGAUUUCAACUGCAACAUGAAACAAAUAGCCACAGGGUCCGUGGAUUCAUGUUUGAUGAUCUGGAAUUUGAAGCCUCAGAUGAGAGCGUACAGAUUCGUUGGUCACAAAGACGCAGUCCUCUCCGUACAGUUUUCACCCUCAGGACACCUGGUGGCCUCUGCAUCCAGGGACAAGACCGUUCGUCUCUGGGUACCCAGUGUGUGAGUUAUCUUUCUUUAGUCACAUGUACGCAGACAAAUCACUGACUGUUUUCUAUUAACGUCGAUGGGAUGAAUACAAUGGAACAACUAUUGGUUUAAGACAAAUUUCCCUAUAAGAUUAUUUAAUCUAUUGAUGUAAUUUCAAACUUUUCACCCAAGGCAGUCAAUACAACUUAAUAAGACAAAUGUGUCACCUUCUCUGACUCCUGAGCAGUUCUGAGAUGAAAAGUAAAAAAAAAAAAAAAACGAAAAAGGGUAGGAUGUGGACAAAUGCACUUUUUGAAACUAUGUUGCUUUUACACUGUCAUUCGUUUAGUAGACAAUGUUGAAUUAGAAUUCAUGCAAAGUAUUUUCAAUAAUGAAUACAUUUAACUGACUUAAAUA